AUGUCUUCUGCUCAGAUCUCGACCCUCGGCCUUGAGAAGCCCCUUCUCAAGCCUCUGGUUGCUUUGGCUGGAUGGACUUUCAUCCAGCAAGCAUGGAUGUAUUCCAAGCGCCUGCCAGCUCUUAGUGACUCCCAAUAUGGCAUCGAUGGAACCGCCGAAAACAUCGCCCGGGACAUGAACACCAAGCUCCCAAUCAGCAUCCGCCAGGUCGCCGACAACUACAACCACCUUCAUGAACAGCCCACCGUCUUCUUCGCAGUGGCACUCGCGUUAACCCAGCUUGGUGACAGACACGAUUACACCGUGUACGGUGCCUGGGGAUACGUCGGUCUCAGAGUUGUGCACUCGGUCUAWCAGUCUCUCGUCAACAACGUGAUGACUCGAUUCGCCAUCUUCUCCACCAGCUCUGUUGUGCUGGCUGCUCUUACUGCUAGAUUGGCUCGUCUCGUGUACUAG